GCAGGGGGCGGGGUAGCCUCGGACCAGGAUGCCGGAGGCGACACCGCCCUGGCAGGUGGUGGGGGGCCUCCGCCCCCUGCGCAGGCGGCUCCGCUGAGCCCACGUAGCGCUGGCGCUGCCCGGCCCUGAGGCGGUGCCGGGGCGCUCCACUUGCCGCGCAGCCAUGAGCUUCAAUCGCACGGAGAGCGACUGGCAGGGGCUGGUGGGCGAGUAUCUGGUAUGUAAAAGAAAGCUAGAAAGUAAAAAGGAAGCAUUGCUGAUACUUUCCAAGGAACUGGACACAUGUCAACAGGAAAGAGACCAGUACAAGCUUAUGGCCAAUCAGCUGCGGGAACGUCACCAGUCACUGAAAAAGAAAUACCGGGAGCUGAUUGAUGGGGAUCCCUGUCUUCCUCCUGAAAAAAGGAAACAGGCUAAUCUUGCCCAACUAUUGAGUGAUUCUCGGGAUCGAAAUAAGCAUCUGGGAGAAGAAAUUAAAGAACUGCAGCAAAGACUGGGAGAAGUACAAGGAGACAACAAGCUCCUUAGAAUGACAAUAGCAAAACAAAGACUUGGAGAUGAAGAAGUUGGGGCACGCCACUUUGCAGCACACGAGCGUGAAGACCUUGUUCAGCAGCUGGAGAAAGCACGAGAACAAGUAAUAACUAAUGGGCAUUCAGUGAGAGAUUGUUUUCACUGCUGGCAAAAGAAUAAUGGUGUCUUCAGUGAUAUUACUGACAACAAUUAUAGGGAGCAUCAUAAAUUAAAAUAUUGCUUGGUCAGGAUUGAGACUCUGGAACAUGAUCUUCAAGCCGCAUUGGAUGAGCUACAGGAUGUAAAGGAAGAACGCUCUUCUUAUCAAGAUAAAGCAGACCGACUCAACCAAGAGCUUAAUCACAUUCUGGGAGGACAUGAAAAUCGCAUCAUUGAUGUAGAUGCCCUGUGUAUGGAAAACAGAUACCUUCAAGAGAGAUUAAAGCAACUUCAAGAGGAGGUCAACCUUCUUAAAUCUAAUAUUGCUAAGUACAAGAAUGCUCUAGAGAGACGGAAAAAUUCAAAGAUUCACAGUAGAUCGGGCAGCAGUGCACUGACUGGAGUCCUUUCUGCAAAGCAAGUCCAAGAGUUGUUAUCGGAGGACCAUGGUUGUAGCCUACCAGCCACGCCGCAGUCCAUUUCAGAUCUCAAAUCCUUGGCUACUGCCUUGCUGGAGACUAUCCAUGAGAAAAACAUGGUCAUACAACACCAAAGGCAAACCAACAAAAUUCUAGGUAAUCGGGUGGCAGAAUUGGAGAAGAAGUUGAGAACUUUGGAAAUUUCUGGUUUGUGGAGUCUUCCAGGUGGAAAAGAUACCAUAACAUUCAGUGACCCAACCCUGCCUGUUCUACAGAGGUCAAGAUCGCCAUUGCUAACAUUUGCUGACAAGCCACAACAGAAUCAAGCACACAGGCAUGAAGCAAAACAGAAGGGAAAACCAGAUGAAAUUUAUGCCGUUUCAACAGAGUUGACAGUUCCAGAGGAAGCUGCUAAGGUCUACAACAAUUCCCAAGCAAACAUAAAUAACAGUAACCAAAAUAAGCCUUUUCAUCCCUCAUUAGCCCAGUUUCCUUCUGAGGAGGAAGAAAUAAACAGUCUUGGAAGUGAAAUAAUUAAAUUGACAGAAGAACAGGCAGCUGCAGAACUGGAAGGGAGCAGAAGAGAAAGUCUACUGGAGGGCCAGAGUACAAUGGACCAAUCAGACCUUAGCAGCUCAUCCAAGGAAGAGUGCCUCUUGUCCAGCCCUGACCUAUUUGACCCUGCGGAGACAUCAAACUCCAAGAAUGAGCAUGCAGCUGAAAAUUGGGUCCUGAAAGACCAUGAGGAAACCUCAGAGAAUGACUAUGAAAAUGUAAAUAAGAGAGAGGGUGGAAAUGGCAACACACUGGACACUAAAGACACAGAAGGAUGUGGAGAACUAACUGUUUCAACAUCUGAUUUAAACAACAUUUCCAGUAAUCCCCCUGAAUCUGAGUGUGACAAAUCAUCUGAUCCUGCUGAAUGCUCUGAAUAUUUGGAUAACAGCAUGGCUUGUGGUAUGAAAUCCAAGAUCUCAAGCUUCUCCCUGUCAUCCUCUUGCAGUGGAAGCUGUGCUGCUGUGAAUACGGAUAGUCACUGAAUUAAUCUGCCAUAGAAUUGUUUUUUUACAUUGGUCUGUCAGCAUUUGUCGGUUAAAAAGAUGUUUUUCUAUUAACAUUGACUGUGCUUAACCAAAAUAAUGUAAAUAUAUAAAAUGGAUAGAACUUGAAAAUGAUGAGAGGCAGGUUUAAUGAUGGCUCUGGUGUUUACAGUGAUUGAAGUUUCUAGAGAGACUGACAUAAUUGAGAAAAAUGGGGCCAGGAGACUCACCAUUAUCCUUUAUCAUGUCAAGUCCUAGCUGGGUCUUCAUAGCAUGUAUGUUCUUGUCCAAUGCACAAUGCCUACUGGUAUGUAUUUUAAGGGUUUCAAAUGGCUAUUUUCAGCAGAUGAAAAACUUGAAAUGAUAAACUAAAAAGGAUCUAAAGGUAACAGGCUUUUGUUUAUUUUUCUAAACUUGCAUUCUCUCUGUGUAUAUUUGCUGAGAAUGCAUAUUUAGAAUAGCAGCAUUUGGUCCCUACUGAAAAGCAAAAUGGUUUUGAAAAGUAGCCCCUGAGCAUGAAGUUUCCAUCUCUUAAACCUCCAUAUCUCCUCUACAUUCCUCUGAAGUUUUCCUUCCUUGCCCCAAGAAAACAGGAGGGACUUAUGUCUCAAAGUAUUAAAGCCCCAUUCCAACUGAAGCUCUUAAAGCUGCUCUAGUAGAGGGAAAGUUCCCCAGGGAAGUAAAAAAUCAUCCUAGGGGACAUAGCAGAGCUGCCUAGGGGAAAAAAGAGAGAGAGAGUGUGUGUGUGUGUGUAUUUAUAGGCCAGCUUCCUAUUGUGUGCUGCUAGUGCCAAUUCAUGGGACUAUGUUCCUCCACCUUGGCCUGGAGUCACCUGUGUGGCCCCUGGUGGAGAUUGAGUGGAUCUAAGCCUAUCUCCACUUUUAUUAGGUAUAAAACAAAAAUGUGAAUGUGGAAACUCUUCCUUUCCUCCCCCAGCUCACCAGUCUUUUGGAUAGUGGCGGGGUUAUUCUUUGGGCCCCAGUUGCCCCUUUAAAAUUCUUCCUAACCUGACACGUAGUCUGCAAGAAAAAUCUUCUGGUGUUAGAGUGGGGGGCGUGCAGAGAAAGUCCCCAUCUCUCGAGUGAUGGAGUUGUGCUAUGCUGCUCCUGGGAAGGCAGCAGCAAGGGAAUACUUAAUGUUGGAGUUGACAGCUGUUAGAGCUGGGGAGGCACUUCCGCUCCUCUUUCUAGAAUAGGGAACAAUCUCUGCAGCUGUGGAGCUCCUAUGCGCCAGCAGCCGUGGAGGCAAUUUUUCUGCUGGCUUGGGACCUAAUUGUCUGUAAAUGUUCAUUUUUCACUCCUAGAACUUGAAACCAAUCAGAGAGAAUUAAACCAAAUUUAAUAAACUACUACUAAUAAAAAGGAGAAUCCCUCCCAGAUUGAGCCUUUGUUUGACAAAUAUGUGCCAGCUGCAGAUUUUUACAGCCCACUUGUCAGCUACUGAAAAACAAGGUUUGUAUUAGCAGCACUGACAAACUCGUCUCUAUAUGGAUACUGAACUAGCAGGUGCUGCCAUAAUCAAAGGUGUUUUGAUUCCAUGAACAGUUUGGGCUUGGCAGAAGAAAGAAUAUAUGUAAUGGUUACAUCUGAAUAUAAUGAAUGAUGGGAGGCUGAAAAAUGUGACCUGACUCUUGUUUUUGUGCAUGCCCCUAAGAGGGGCAUGCAUGUAACCCUUUCUCUGCUGUCUGUCUGCUCUUUUCUUGCUGUGUGCAGGCAAUAAAGGAAUACUUUUAUCACUCCUCUAAAAUGCUUCCUUUCUAUUUAAAGGACUGUGGCAUUGCAUCACACUGGUAUCAGCAGCCCCCUUUGAACCAGUUUGUUCCAAAUUCAGAUGCCUUAGGAGCAUGCUACCCUGAAAAGUUUAAGCUUUCUUCCCUGGCCCCAGUUAUAUUUAUGUUCCUCAAAACCAAAAGACCAAGAGGGGCUGUUGCUAUUAAAGGUAAAAUAACUGAUUACAUUAUUGACUCAGUUAUUUAUAUGACACCACUGGCAAGCAUGAAGAAAAAUAGACAUGCAUUGAAAUAAUUGAAGAGAUUUUUACAGGGUUUUGUAAUGUUUAAAAUAUAACUCUCCCUGUAAUGUUUGUUCCAAGGAGUGUAUUCCUUUCCACCUUUCAUCACAGCCUGAGGCGUUCUGAAGCUAAAUGCUAGAGAAGUUUUGAAUAAAAAUGCAGCCAGAAUUGAGGCUGGCUUUGAUUUUUCUUUUUUUAAUCCCUAAAUGUCAGUGUUUGUUUAUACAGCUUAACUCUGAAAUGUUGAAGGUAUGUGCCUGCUUGAUUCUCCUCUCCCGUAGGCUGGCGUAGAGGCCUGAGGCAAAGCUCAUUGAAGUCAAUGGGAGUCUUUCCCUUGACUACUGUAGGCUUUGGAUCAGUCAUUAAAAUAGGAGUAAUCCCACUGAAAUCAUUAUGGUAAUGGUGUAAACGUGGCGCAAGUCAGAGCAGACUCAGGCUGACAGGUAUCUUUAACACACACAACUGUUGUUUCUGUUCUGAUAUGGCUGGCAGGCUGCUCUUUGAAAAACCUCCGGUAAAUUAGAUCGUUCUAUGGAUUAAUCUCUCCCCAUUCCUCCCCACCUAAAUUCCUCUUCUGUACCCUUGCAACCACUUGCUGGCACAGACUCUGGCUAGGAGGCUCCCUGCAGACCUCACUUCAGUACCACAUCAUUUCCCUGUCUACAGGGAGUCCGGUGCAAUGCAUUUUGUGCCCUUUUCCACACAGGGGACUGUGCAUCCUCCUAGCUGUGCUUUCAGCCUUCAUCCUUGGGACUUGAGCCUUUACAGACUGAGACAUGAAGCUUCAAUACAGCACCAAAUCACUCUUAAAGUAAGAUUUGUUUGCUGCAAUAAAAUUACAGUUGACGCCGAAUGUUGGGGGGGAGAGGGGGUUAUUUUCCUUUCACUGGUGCUGUUGUUACACUAGUAUAACUGUUGUCUUUACUGGAAUUACUUCUGAUUUACACCAGCCGGGAGAAGAAUCAGGCCUUCUCUGUUGAGACCUACAUGCUGUCUCUGUAGGACUUUAAACCAUGCUCUGACAGGCACACCCAACCAUAAACCACCCUCCCUCACUGAUGGGGGAGGGCGGGAGACAGAGUGGCAGCUUCAAAUCCAACAUUUCAAAAACUGAUUUUUAAGAAUGCUGUUUCAUAAUCAGACCAGAUGACUUCCCUUAUUCUAUACCCUUUUGAAAGACAGUGAACUUGUGCUGGAGCCCAGCAGCAAAUACAUGUUUUAACUGGGAGAAAAGAGGGGG